GUGCGUAUCAAAGGUAUUUCUUUCGAUAUGAAGGGAACUGUAACCGAUUCUAAGGUGGAUGGAGCUCCUUCGGCAUCAACACCGUGCUGGAUGAUAGUUCUCGUCGUUGUAUCCUUGAUCAUUGCUAUUGCGGUAGGAAUUGUGAUCGGUAAGUUUGCGCUAGUCGGGGACAGGACAGAUAGUUCAUGUAACACCGACGAUUUAGUGCUGAAAGGAGUUUCCAGGAAGCUCGUUGCUGAAGCGGACCUGGAAAUAUCGGAUAUUCUCAUUAAUGGCAUGAGAGCUGAAAACAUUCGAGACAACUUGAGGAUGCUAACAGAAAAGCCACAUCUUGCUGGAACACAAGGAAAUUACGAGUUGGCUCUAAAGAUUAGGGACUAUUGGGACAAAAUAGGAGUUGACUCCGUUACGUUGACGCCUUACACAGUGGAACUGUCUUAUCCAAAUGUUUCCGACUUAAACUAUGUGGAAAUUGUGGAUGAGAAUGGCGUUUCCGUAUACAAAUCUGACCUGAAAUUUCCGGUAUUGAGGAAUCAGGAUAACAAGACCAACAUCGUUACUCCUUUCAGUGCAUAUUCAUCAAAGGGAGACGUCAAGGGAAAUAUUGUGUAUGUAAAUUAUGGGAGAGUUGAAGACUUCGACUUCCUUGAAAACAACGCUUCCGUGUCAGUGGACGGGAAAAUAGUUAUGGCAAGAUACGGGAAAAUAUUUCGCGGAAAUAAGGUUCAGGAAGCAGAACGCCGCGGAGCCAUUGGAGUCAUUCUAUACUCAGAUCCAGGCGACAUCGCAGCAGACAAAACAGACACCGUGUACCCAGACGACUGGUGGUUACCACCCUCGGGCGUUCAACUGGGUCACGUGAGAAUGUCCAAUGUCGGUGACCCUCUUACUCCGUUCUACCCAGCUACAGCUACUGCUUACCACAAGAAGGACCCAGACGAGUAUAUGCCCAGCAUUCCUUGUCAUCCAAUAGGCUAUGGCGUCGCUGUGGAUAUUUUAAGGAGUUUAAACGGGACCGAAGUUCCCUUUCCUUGGCGAGGAAAAAUGAACACAACGUAUAGAUUUGGAGACAGCUUUCAUAAUAAUGGAUGGAAAGCUCACAUACACGUUGCAACAUACCCCAAACAAGCGCCACUAUAUAACGUCAUUGGUAUUAUAAAAGGAGAGGUCGAACCUGACCGUUACGUGAUAGUCGGCGGCCAGCGUGAUGCUUGGGUGUUUGGCGCCCUUGACCCGAGUAGUGGCACCGCCGUCUUUCUCGAGAUGGCCAGGGUGCUGGCGGAACUCGUAACGUCCGGUCGCUGGAGGCCUCGAAGAAGUAUUGUGAUGUGUAGCUGGGACGCGGAGGAAUACGGCAAGAUUGGUUCCAUAGAAUGGGUCGAGCAAUAUAUCAAGCCACUCAGUGGAAGAGCUGUGGCAUACCUAAACGUCGACACUGCUCUUGAAGGUAAUUACUCGCUGCGCGCCCUGGGUACGCCACUGCUGUAUCAACCACUUUAUUCGGCGGCCCAGAAAGUGCCCAAUCCCAAUACAUCGGAAAUAGCGGCUGGAAGAUCAACGGUGUAUGAUACGUGGUUUAUCACCUCACCCAGGUCGGAUAAAAACGUGCCAAGGAUAUCGCUACCCGGCUCUGGCAGUGAUUAUGCGCCUUUCAGAGAUCGUGUUGGAAUUCCCAUUAUGGACAUUAGAUAUACCUGGGAUAGGAAAAUGUGGAAGAUAUCCAAAUGGCCUAUGUAUCACACUGUGUAUGAAACCUUUUAUCUUGUCGACCAAAUCAUGGACAGGGGGUUUAAGUACAGUCGAGCCGUUGGUCAGGUGUGGCUUGAAAUGAUUCGACAGUUGUCUGACGAUCUCAUCCUGCCUUUCAACGUUACAGACCUUGUCUCAACCGUCUCCGAACAAACCGCCAGUCUUCUUCAGCGCUUUGGGAAGGUCAUGCAUGAAAACGGCAUACAAACAGAGAUUUUACAAGAGGCAGUAGCUAACCUGACUGACAGCGUUAAUCAUUUCGAGCAUGAACUACAUACAUUCAACAAACAAGAUCCAUAUCUUGUUCGAAGAAUAAACGACCAAUUGAUGAGUAUUGAGAGAUCUUUCAUUGACCCUCAAGGCCUACCAGGGAGAAGAUACAAACACCACCUGCUGUUUACGGAGAGCAGUAUGGACAACUACGCGGGGAGCAGUUACCCGGGCCUCACGGACGCCCUCACCCGCAUUGUUCACGGAGAGAACGUGAAGGCGCAGUGGGAUGUUGUCCACAAACACUUCUCCGUCCUGCUCUUCGUCCUCCAGUCAGCUCAGUCCGUCAUUAAAGACACCACAGACUUUAUGUUUAGCUAUUAAGUACGUAAUCCACGUACAGAUUUAACUAACAUCUAAAAAAAUGAAUUUAUAAGUAAAUAACAUUGGACGAUGAAAUGAAAUAUGUGGUGGCUGCUGCUAUUUUGAACUCUAUUUUUUAUCAAUUGUAUUCGCACAUGUACAUUGGAAUUCAUCGGAUAAUUUUAUGAUUAUCCUUAUAUUUGUCUGUCUGUCUGUCUGUCUGUCUGUAAAUAAAGUGAUGACUUCAAACUGAUAAUAUUGAAAGAGUAUGUCAUAAGGUAUUUUAACACUUGCCUCAUUUUAACAAUAGUGCAAAUCAAUGGACUUGUUUGAUAGUUUUGUUUCAUGUAAAGUGGUCUUCAUAUUAAUACCCGAUACAGUAAGCGAACAUAAUGUGAUGAAACAAAUACAAACACUUGCCGAAUUUACAUGAUCUAAAACUGACUGCAGUUGUAAGUAUAAGUGCUUAUGUCUUUUUAGGUAUGUUAUCAUUAUGACCCAUCACAGAUGUCUUGAAAUACUUAUCUUGAAUGAUUUUAAAUGAACAUGCAUGCAUUUUUGACAUUGUGUGAUUCAUAUUUAUUUAAAUGUAACCAGUAUAAGAGGUUGUAUUACAAGGUAUUAUUUAUUGCUUGCGAAUAACGUAACUAAUGAAUGCUAAGC